GUCACUUGUUGAGCGGAGCACACACACACACACACACAGGAAACCACGCAGCAAUAAUCUCAUUUUCUACAAAGGCUCGGACCGUCUGUGCUGACGGACACUCAUUUCACUUUUCACCAGAAAAUAUUUGUUUUAAUUUCUAUUUUCCCAAAAGAAACGCCCAAACAGGCUGAACUGCCGCUCUGCACUGAAAACCUAGAGAAGGGUGCUCAUCACAAGUGGUUAUCAUGUCUGGCGAAGAGGCUCCAACUCCGCAGCAACAACCUGAGCAGGAGAAGAAACCCGAUGAGCCUCCGCCGGCUGCUGCCUCAGACGCACCGCAGCAGGAGGCUGCAGCAGCGGGAGGGAGCAGCCCUGCGGCCGAGGAGAAGCCUCUCUCCUGCAGGGCUCUGGUCCUGACGGGGUACGGGGGCUACGACAAAGUCAAGCUGCAGGUGAAGGCGCAGAGCCAGCCGCAGCUGCAGGCGGGGGAGAUCCUGGUGCGCGUCAAGGCGUGCGGGCUGAACUUCGCCGAGCUGCUGGGCAGACAGGGGCUGUACGAGCUGCUGCCCGCCCCGCCUGUCACGAUGGGAAUGGAGGGCUCCGGGGUCAUUGAAGCGGUUGCGGAGGAUGUGAAGGACCGGAAAGUGGGGGAUCGCGUCAUUGUGAUGAACCGCAGUGGCAUGUGGCAGGAAGUGGUUGUUGUGUCCGCUAACCACACCUUCCCCAUGCCCGAGCAGAUGAGCUUUGAGGAGGGUGCUGCUCUUUCCGUUAACUACCUGACCGCCUACAUGAUGCUGUUUGAGAUGGCCAAUUUGAGGCCGGGCAAGAGUGUUCUUAUUCACAUGGCAGCAGGUGGUGUUGGUAUCGCUGCUACCCAGCUGUGUCGGACUGUGCAGGAUGUGACUGUUUUUGGCACAGCAUCAGCCUCCAAACAUGAGACCAUUGCCCAAGGCGGGGUAACUCACCCUAUCGACUACCGCACCAAAGACUACGUGGAAGAAAUCCGCAAAAUCAGCCCAAAGGGAGUGGACAUCGUCCUCGACCCUCUCGGUGGUUCAGACACCCAGAAAGGUUUUAGUUUGUUGAAACCUAUGGGCACGCUUAUAGUCUUUGGUGCAGCCAAUUGUGUGACAGGCCAGAAGAAGAAUCUGUUGGCUAUGGCAAAGACCUGGUACCACCAGCUCUCUCUCACCACGCUGAAGCUGAUGCAGAGCAACAAGGCCGUCUGUGGCUUCCACCUGGGCUACAUCACUGAAGAGGAGCUCUUGGGCAAAACUAUGUUGAAGCUGCUGGAGCUCUACGAGCAGGGGAAGAUCAAGCCCUGCAUUGACUCGCGCUACCACUUUGAGGAGGUGGCGGAUGCCAUGAGGCGUAUGCACGAACGCCAAAACAUCGGGAAAGUCAUCCUUCUUCCUGAACCUAAGAAAGAGGAAGAGAAGCCAAAGUCCGACCCUGAGCUGGUUGAAAAUGUGGAAAAAACUGAAGCGGCCGUCAACGAGAAGAAAGAAGAGGCCACGGAGGAAGUUAAAGCAGAGAAAGAUUGAGUGUUUAUUUGAAUGAUAUUUUCAAGCACGUCCGCAGUGAGUUCCCUAUUAUUAAAAAAAAAAAGUAAGAAAAGAAAAGCAAGAUGCCAUAAAUUCUUUGACUGUGUCAUUGCUUUCAAAUGUUUAUGAUCAUUUUGUUGUGCAAUAUGUCUGCAGUGUAGUGUCUAUGUUGGGGGAUACUUGUGUUUGAAAUAAAAAUGAUCAGUAUUCUCUUACAUCACAUGAGAAAUAAUGUAUUCUGAUUACAUAUGGUUGUUAAAAAUGACAAAACGAUGGGUUUCUGGCUUCAAAAUGUUAGGGUCCCCAUGGCAACAGCGCUAACAAACCAGAAUGGUAUUUGUAACAGUAGGACAGUAGAAGAAGCGUUGUAUAAAGAAGCUGAAAUGAAUGCAUCACACCUUGUCAUGAUUAAGAUUACCCAUCAUGCAUUGUAGCCAACAUUAUAUGUACUUCAUUAUAUUGCAGCAUGCAAGAGGAAAGCUUAAAUAAGAAAUUUCCCGUACAGUUAUUUGAGAUAUUAUUCAUAAAAUAUCUUAAAUGAGUUAAAUAAGGAUAUAAUCACGACUAUAAAUGACAAUCUGUGGAGGUGCUGUAAAGUGUUUGUAUGUUAUUGAAUGAUAUGCUUAAUUGUGUCUUGUGUCAAAACAAAAUUGUUAUAUUUCAUAGCUCUCUUAAUUAAUUUGGGAUCUAAUGAAAGACACUUAUUCUUAACUGUACAUACCGGCUCUGAUUCUGUCCAGAAAAUGUACCAAGAAAUCUGGCAAAGUAAUUUGAAUGUAAUCAGAAUACAUUACUGAGCUUUGGUUAUUCUUUAAAUCCUGUUACAGAUUAUUAAUUUGAUGAUGUGACGAUUAAUCAAAUGUGCUAACCCCAGCCGGUUCUAUCAGUAAAUAUCAGCGUAGUGAUCAGUGGUCUAGUUUCAUGCAUUGUGAUGCACUACUCAGAUUUAAGUGUAAUUAUGAGAUGAAAGUGUGUUUUUACAUUCUCUCCUCUUUGAUGAAUGUUGUGAGACAAAAGCCCAGGUCACUAUUGUAUUCUAGUUUAAUUGUUACAUUUUUCUCGCAUAUUUGUGCCAAGUUUAAAAGCCAGCUUUAACCACUGCCGUCAAAGCCAACUGUGAAUAACAAUUAGCGGGACUUCCCUGCCUUGGCACUCAUCACUCGUGGGUUUUCUCCCAAACAAUGUCACGCUGAACUCGAGGUAAAACUGUUUGGCAAGCCAUGUGAAUGCAGGUUUUCUCGCCUUGAUCUUUGUCCUGUGAUUUAGCUGCUUUCUUAAUUCCUACAUUCAAAAAUCAAUGUUAGUAGUGCCAAGUUUACAGAACUAUAGUGUGUUAAUGGGAUGAUGCUUUGCUUUUAUGCACUUUGUAUUACUGUGCUCAAUACGUAUUCAUGUUGAAGCUCUUACGGUAUAAUGAUGGAUUAUUAAGCUUCCAUUGUCUUCACAGUGAUAAUGUUUAUGAUUUUAUUUUUAUUGUUUGCAUAUCUGUUCCUUUGAAUGACUGGCCUUAAAUAGUGUAGUUUGGGCUCAGUAAUACAGAUGCUUUGUCCAGCUGUGGGUGUAAUUCGAUGCUGUGACGCAGAAGACGCUACCAAAGUACAAGAGACAGUUUUCCCUCCAUCCACAGCAGAGCAGCUUCUCACAUUCCUCUCCCCACCCUCUCAGCCCUGCUUUCUGUCUCUCUCUGUAGCUGAACUCUCUUAAACCUCUCCAGCAAUCAUUGUUUUGAUUUCUAAAAAGCACUUGUAACAAGUUUCACAGAUAAUGCUUUAUGUUAUUUACAUUUGUGACAUUUGUGUUUUUUAUUUUGGCCACUUGGACUUGGAAGUAUUGUUAGGUUUGGCCAGGUUUCCAUUCAGAGUGUAAAGUAAGAUCUGAAGUGGAUUUUGAGUGGGGACUGGAGUUGUCCCAUUGUGAGUUCUGCUUUAUUUUGGGGGUGUUGCUGUACUUAUUCAUGAGCCCAAAAGCUUGAUGUUUGCCUGCAUGGUAGAUGGACCAACCAAGACUUACAUUUUAACUACUGAACCAAAUGGUAGAGGAGUUUAACCAAUAAGCAUGUUGAGUUUUUAAUAUGAAAAGUGAGCAGAUUAGUCCCCAGAUUUUAAAGAAUAGUUGGUAAAGAUAAGAUAUAUAAAAACGCAUUGAAGCCUCUUUGCAAAUAUUUAUGUAAUACUGAAAGAUUUGACACAUUUAACUGGUUGCAGUGAAUAUAACAACAAAACUAUAUUGUGUUUAUGUGUAACAUUGAAAAGUUGAACGUGAGAAAAGUGUCAUAUUUCCUAUAAUAAUUGCACAACAGUAUACAUAAACUCAGUAUUCACACGUGCAGCAAGUGACAUCUAGUGGUCAGGGAAAUAUUGUGCCUUUCAAUACUCUCCAUAAUGUUGCCUAUGUACAAAAUGUACUGUAGCCUGCCUUAUCAAACAUAAAACAUCAUUCAAUAAGCUUGAAUGGAGAGCCGUCCUAAUUACAACUGAUCCUCCUCAGUUCGACAAAUGUUUUAAACGUGAGUUUUUCAAGUAAAAAGAAAAUAUUAAGCCAUUCAAAACAAUCAAAAACUUCAUAUUCUGCUCUAUUGAUUAUAAUAUUCUAAAUAAUAUUAUGGCUGUUAAAUUACUCUUAUCAUAGCUCAUUAUAAUAAUGACCUGAGCCGAUUCAAGCACACUUUAUCGCUCAUUUGUGCUUAACAUGUCUGGUGAUUAUGACAAUGUGUGCUGUUACUGAAGGAGUGUUAUUGCAAUCAUGAUGUUGCUUUGCUUUUCAUUUUUAUACACACUUGCCUUCUGUGUUCAUAUGGCACUAACCUGUCUGUAUUAUUAAAGUGUUCCUUUAAGCUUG